GAUUUUGAAUAAAAUUUCUGGUGAUGAGUCUCCCCGAUUUUAACUCCGCCAUUACUCCAAAACAACACAAAUGAAAAGAAAAAGAAAACCCGCUGAAAAUAAAAUUGUCAAAAUGGAGCUAUAGCAACUGCAAAGGCACACAACUGUGCAGGCACCCCCUUGCACCAUGGCAAACCGACAAAAUGCAUCCGCUUUCCAAGCACUCUCUCCUAUUGAUUUACCGGAAUCAUUAAACAUACAAGAUGAAUUCUCUAUACGAAGAUCAGGAUUUGGCCCAAUCUCUGGGCCUGAGCGGAGACUGGCUGUCUAGCCCUGUCUCUGGCUUAGAUACCAUUAGCGAUGACCUUACCAAGGUCACCAAAGGGUCAUCUCUGCUUCCCACUGAUAGUCUCCAGUUGGAUCAGCCAGUUAUAGAUGUCCCUCAAGAAUUAGGUCCACAGUGGUUCGAGACAAAGGUCGACAUAUUGGAACUAUUAGCAGAGAGUCAAGCUGCUUUGGACAAUGCAGACCUUGGCUAUGCCAGUAUGGACAUUAGCCUUACUGAGCCUAUUGGCCUCACUGAACCUAUCAUAGAGCUUCAGGACCCAAACAUCGAAUCAUUCGACCUUUUGAAUAAAGGUCUUGCAAAUGAAAAUGUUGGAAAUUUGGGUCUUACCCCCAUGAUGGCUGCUACCACUAACAUCAGUGGAGGCAGCGGUUUAGAUCUACUUAAUCAACUCGUAGAUGAGGCUGCUGACCGUAUGUCCAACUGCGGCUCAGAUUCUGCUCUGGAUCUACAAGAUCUUAUGUCUCUAGACACUGUGAACAAUGCUGAUGUGGAUUAUAACGUUGACAAACAUAUUGCUGAUUCUAUUGGAGACUAUCAGCCUAUUUCCCCCCUUUCUGCCGAUGAAGUUGAAAGCUUGUUAUCAUCUGCUCCAUCUUCACCCUCCGAGGCUGCAUUCCUCUUGGGUCCAAGGUCAUCCACACCUAUUGCCCCUGAGCCAUCAGUCUCCCGAGCUACUCCUUACAAUCGAGCCCCCGUUGCUCCUCCCCAGAAAAUGCCUGUUAAGCCUAAAACCAAAACCCAGGAUCGUAAAGAACGCAAGAAACAACAGAACAAGGAUGCCGCAACCAGGUAUCGAAUCAAAAAACGUGAAGAGGAAAAAAACAAGAUGUCUGAGGAGGAUCAACUGGUCAAAAGAAAUAAGGAGUUACACGGACAGGUGGAUCAUAUAUCACAAGAAAUCAAUGCCAUGAAAGAAAUUCUCCGUGCUGUUUUCAAAUCUAAAGGAAUCACUCUUGAGAAAGUUAUUGGAAAGAAACGCCAAAAAUAAUGCUGCAACCAUUGCUAUUGACACAUGUUGUAUGCAUAUUACUUGUUCAACUACCUCAGAAACCUUGCAUACUAAAAUGAGAAUCAAAUCUUCUCUGUUGUAUAUAUUUUUCUAUAUUAUGCAUCUUAUUGAUAAUUCACUUGCUGCAAGGUUUCUUGCUAGUCGUCCAAGUUAUGUAAAUAUACUGAAAACAACUAGAUGCUGUAGUUUAAUUUUACACUAUAAGUUAUCAUAAUCCUUUAUCAUUACCAGCUGAUCAUUAUAGUCUGUCCAUGUCUAGGGACUUCAAUAUCAUUGCUGCGUGAACCAUGUUCAUUUAUGUCAAUGUGACUUCUGUGACUCUGUACUACAAAUAUUCCAUAUUAUCACAUCUCAGAUGAAGUUGAUUGCAAAUCUGUUAUGUAAUCCCCUGAUAAUGUCUAAUUUAACAGUUCAUUGCAUUUCCUUGUGAACAUUUCAACAAGUAUCAUAUUGCAUGCCGAUUACUGAACAUGGACCAAAUCAAUGGUAAAAUAAAUUAUGUGUGUUUUCAAUAA